AUCUCAAGUGAUCCACUUGCCUCGGCCUCCCUAAGUGCUGGGAUUACGGGUGUGAGCCACUGCGCCCAGCCCCCUGCUGCGCUUUAAACAGAGAAAAACACUGCAGUAUUAAGACGUAUUAAUAUUUAAGACGUAUUAAAUACAGUACAUAAUCUUAAAACAUUGUUGAAACACAGAAAACACAUCCUCUUUUGACCACAGGAGUUAGUAGGGGAGGCUUGCACCCAUCCAUGCUUUUGAGCGUGCACUCACACAUGCAUGCACAUGACCACUCAUUCACAUACCCUCACACACACUUGCACUCAUGCCCUUUACACUUGCCCUUGCACACUUGUACACAUGCCCUUUACACUGCACACUCAGAUCCACACCACGUACACUCAUACACUGGCACUCACACCCACACAUGCAUCACACCCCUACACUUCCACUGUCACAUGCACAUACACUUACACACAUUCACACACAGCCUCACAUAUGCACACUCAUACACUCAUUUACAUGCUCUCACAUUUAUACACACAUCCACACACACCAUCACAUGACACACUCUUACAUGCUUUCACAUAUACCCACUGGCACACACAUGGACACACCCACAAGUGCUCAUUCCCACACACGCACACACACUGACACAUUACAUGCCUUCAUAGGUAACACACAUUCCUAUACACUCAUUGACUCCACACCCUUGUGCACACACACUCCCAUCACAACACUGACACACUUCUGCCUGUCCUCACAUGCCUACACACUUGCCACACACACACUGACAGUGUUCCAUGCACACACACAUAUCCUGCGCAUUUGGUCACUAACCCUCAUGACCACACACACACACGGGCUUUCAAAUGCACUUAUCCACACAUAUUCUCAUAUGCAUACACACUUGCACACACGUUUGCACACUUGUUCACACUCCCUCACAUGCAGUCACACUAGCCGUCACUCACAUGUGCUCACACGCAUACAUACACCCCUUGGCGCGCACGCGCACACACACACCCACUCACCCCAAGCCCACCUGACAGGUGACACACUUUACCUGUGCGGCUGGGAUGGCUGGUCCUCUGCCUGCGCUUUGAGGUUCCUUGGGGCAGCGGCUCAUGCUGGUUUUCCCACUGCGGUGUCUUCUGUGGCUUCAGCUUCGCCUAGUGCAGGCUGCCAUUCAACAAACACGUUGUCAACAGUCGAUCAAAAGAAACCCAUUGGCCACCGUACCCUGAGGACUAACCCUGAGGCAGCUGCCCUUCCAGAUGCCCUCAAUAGUCUAACUGAUUCCAUCCCCCAGCCUCGGGGGAGAAGAACUGCUGCCGAUGCACUCCACUCACAGGUGAGACUGGGAGAGCUUUAGGGAGUGGCCAAGUCCCCUGCCUACACAGCUGCCUCCCAAUCUAUCUUCUCACCCUCCCCUUUCUCAGGCGAAAAUCAUACUCAGAGUUUCUGUGGGAUCCUUUGAUCUGGACAUUGUCAAAGAAAACAUUGCACCAGACAAGUUAACCCUUCAAGGAAGGCCUCAGUCAGGACUACUGCAAUACGGAAGAGAGAAGGAGCUUAACUUCGUUGAAACAAAAGGCUGGAGUUUUUAAGUGCUGGGGUGAGAUGCUGAGAAGGAACUGGAGACAUAAGGAAGAGGUUAGGAAAUGCAGUAAAGCUAUGUGUUGGCUUAUUGGAAUUUUUCAAAACUAGGAACCUGCCCUUCUGCAAAGACUGAGAGACAGAUGUAUCAUCUUCAAUAAUUACAUUUUAAAGGGAUGGCUCUGAGGUCUUGAGAAAGACAUUCCUGGGUUGAAAAACUAGCAAGAGGCUAGAAGAAAAUUUGGGAGAAGAUUUGCAUCUCAAAGAGGUAGAGAAAGAACUCACAAUUGCAAGUUUCCUAAAAUAAAUCCUCCGUGACAAAGGAGGCCUGAUGGAUGGAGCUGGAGGUCAUUAUGUUAAGUGAAAUAAGCCAGGCACAGAAGAAAAAUACUGCGUGUUCUCACAGGUGGGAGCUUAAAACCUGGAUCUCAUGGAGACAGAGAGUAGAUUGGUGGCUACCAGAGGCUGGGAAGGGGGCAGAGAAGAGAGAUAAAAAAUAGUUUGAUUAAUGGGUACAAAUAAGUAUGAGUUGUUUUGUUUUUUUGGAGACAGGAUUCUGUUCUGUUGCCCAGAAUAUAGUACAGUGAUACGUAUGAUCGUAGCUCACAGUAACCUGGAACUCCUGAGCUCAAGUGAUCCUCCUACCUCAGCCUCCCCAGUAGCUGGGACUUCAGGUGCGUGCCACCAUGCCAGGCCAAUUUUUGUAUUUUUUGUAGAGACAGGGUCUCACUAGGUUGCCUAGGCUGAUUCUCGAACUCCUGGGCUCAAGCAAUCUUCCUGCCUUGCAAAUAGAAUUUUUGAUAAAAGAAAUAAGACCCACCGUUCAAUAAAUCAGCAGGGUAAGUGACUGUGGUUUACAGUAAUCUAUUGUACAUUUCAGAAUAGCUAAAGAUAAGAAUUUAAAUGUUUCUAGCUAAACAAAAAGGCAAAUAUGCAGAGUGAUGAAUAUCUUGAUCACAAUGAUGUAAUCUUUACAAAUUAUGAGUGUAUUUAGUAAUCACAUGUACCCCCAACAUAUGUGCAUCUAUUAUGUAUCAAAAAAAUUAAAACUGAAAAAUAGAAAGACAAGGAGGUCGGGAGGAAAACUGUAACACUCAAGCCAAGGGAAACAUGAAGGCUGUCUUAGUCAACAGAUUAGCCCUUUUCCCUUUAAUCUGCUAAUUAUCAAUUGAUAUGGUUUGGCUCUGUCUCAACCCAGAUCUCACCUUGAAUUGUAAUAAUCCUCACAUGUGGUGGAAGGGAACUGGUGGGAGCUAAUUGAAUUAUGGGUGUGGGUUUUUCCCAUGCUGUUUUCGUGAUAGUGAAUGAGUCUCAGAAGAUCUAAUGAUUUUAUAAAGGGCAGUUCCCCUGCACACCGUCUCCUGCCUACCACCAUGUAAGAUGUGACUUUG